AUGUCCGGUAUCGAAAUCGCAGGUCUAGUUUUCGGUGUUGUGCCCAUUGUUGUCGAGAUUCUGAAGUCAUACGGCACAGCCAAGCGCACAUUGGCGACCUUCUCACGACACGCGGAAGUUGCAUACGACAUCCAGCUGAGAUUCGAAGUAGCAGCAGCGAACUUUAGCAACGAAUGCCGCCAUCUGCUGCAGGCUGCCAUCGCCCAUCCGAGCGAUGUCUCUGAGAUGAUGGAGGAUCCGACCCACAGGAGCUGGCAGGAACAAAGAAAGGAGAUCGAACAGCGGCUGCGAGAUUUGAUGCAGCACGAUUACGAGCUAUGCGAGAGCAUCGCGACGCGACAACGCGAUAUUCUCCGUGAGACACGGAACAGCCUGUCCAAGCUCGAGAAUAGCCUGGGUAACGCAAAACAGUCCCAACACGAGUUCGCACGGAAGCUUUGGAACGCGUUCAAUACAGCUCGCAAGGAGAACGAGUACCUCCGACAGCUUGAUUCGUUGGACAGAUGGAAUAAGUCGCUGGGCAAGUUGUGUAAGCAGAGGCGCAAGAUGCAGAAGCGUCGCAAUGUUCCUUCGGCUUGCAUCAUCCGCAAAGCCGUGCCAAGGAGCUACCAGCAGAUCCGCGUCGCCUCACAACAAUUGGGAGAGUCGAUCCAUGACUCCUGGUCUUGCACCAACACCUCUCACAGUGGACACCAGGCGAAGUUGUCGCUCGACGCCAAAAGCGAGUACGAUAACGUGCAACUCGACGUUGUCAUCGCUUGCCAGCCAAAGCCGAAUGCGGCAUUCCAAAAGUAUGUCAGAGCGGAUAUUCUUCGCGACCCGAAAGGAAGUAGAAGCGCUGUUGACUAA